CAGCGUAAUAAAUGGAGGAAGGCUAUAGGGGUGUACUGGUGUUUUGUCAUUUGUGGCUUUAGCAGGAUCUGCACUGCCAUAUUUGUCUCUUGGGAGGCCGCCCUGCCUUGCUGUUGUGGAUUGGCUUUGCUUUUGCAUGCACAACCAACAGCGCCUCGCUCUCUGCUCUUUGUCCACUGUUCUCGCGCAGUAAAUUCCCACUGCGAACCGCCUUUUGUUUUCCCUAAUUUUCCAGGAAACUCCGCUUUUUCCUUUUCCGUCCGAGAGGGUUUUGAAUUGCGCUUCGUGUUCCGUGGAAAACCGUGUGUUCCAACUGUUGGAGUUUGCCUUUUACGUGCUUCGCUUCGUUUUUCUAGGUUCCUUAGGGUCUGGUUCAAAUCGCCGUCGUCUUGGCUACUCUAGUCCUAACUGUCCUAUUUCUAGCCCCGUGAGUGUGAGACUCGAGGUCCAAGCUGAACCGCUCGUUUGUUCACAUCGACGGCUGGUCCUUUUUCGGAGCUCUUCAAUCUACAGGGUUUCCGACUCACUCGCUCUAACCGAGUCUUCACCGAUUCCUUCGGUGUUUUCCAAGGAUGAGAGACUGCUUCUCGUCAUUCUCGAGGCUCCGAAUCGUCCCUCUGGCUUUAGCAGCGUCGUCGUUGACGUUCUUCUGCUGCUGCCUCUUCUUCUUCGGUGUCGUUUUUACGCCUGUGCUCCUGUCAGGUGUGGAGAGGAGCUCCGUCCUCCUCGUGGAGGGGGAGAACGCCACGUCACUCACUGCCCCUCAUCGGAAGCUUCUUGAACGUGCAAUGGUGGAACCGAACCGAAUUGCGGGAGGAAAGUGUACCGUGGCGGACAUUGUGGUGAAUCAAGGCCCCACAGCUGCACUCCCGAGUGGCAUUCCCACCUACACGGUCGAGAUCAUGAAUGUCUGCUUCACUGGUUGCGACAUCUCCAGCAUUCAUCUGAACUGUGGCUGGUUCAGCUCUGCCCACCUCAUCAACCCCAAGAUCUUCAAGCGGCUUGGCUACAACAAUUGCCUGGUCAAUGACGGAAAACCCUUGGAGAAUGGUGGGACGAUUUCUUUCCAGUAUGCCAACACCUUCCCCUACCAUCUUGCAGUCUCCUCAAUAGCCUGUCCUUAGUAACAUAGUUUGAGACUUUUACCAAUCCGAUCCACUACAUAUAUAGGUGUUAAAGCAUUCAUAUAAAGUACCCAGAGCAGGAAUUAGUUAGCAGUUAUUACUCUAAUAAAACUCUAUACCCUUUUUUGUGUU